AUGCAAUACAUUCAAAAGUCUUUUGCUUAUCCAAAUUACUGGAUUCGGAGUUCGGUAGGUUUAUCAGGAGGACUUUGUGUUUUAUGGAAAGAUGGUUUCCAUAUUGAAAUUAUCCAAGAGGAAAGAAACUUAGUUUCUUUUCUUCUGCAGACUGAUGCAUCUGUUGGGAAAUGGAUGUUAACUUGUAUCUAUGGAGCUAUUUAUGAUCACGAUAAUUCCAUUCAGAGGUCAUCUGUUCAGAAUCUAGCCCAUGAGUAUAAUUUGUCGUGUCUCCUUUUAGGAGACUUAAAUACAACGUUAGAUGCUUCUGAAAAACAGGGUGGAACUAGUUCUCAUGACCAAAAACAUGUUUAUGCUUCACAGAUAAUUAGAGAUUUAGGUUUCACGGAUGUUAUGUAUAGUGGUGAUCCUUUUACUUGGUCGAAUCAUACAAGUGGUGAACAGCUUAUUCGUGUUCGUCUCGAUAGAGCUUUAGUGAAUAAUGAAUGUUUUGCAACUGCUCAUUUAUCUCAUUUACUACCUGUUGGAUCUGAUCAUGCUCUGAUUAUGUUGUCCACUGACUCUGUUUCCUAUCAUGUUAACAAGCCUUUUAGAUUAUUUGAAUACUGGUUAGCUCACACAGAAUGUAAAAAUGUUAUUGCUGCUGCAUGGAAUGCUCAUGAUUCUCUUCUAGAUUUAGGUGGAAUCUCAUGUAGACUAGACAAUACACAAUAUGCUCUACUAGAUUGGAGUAAGAGUACUUUUGGUAGUAUUCAGGGUAAAAUUAAGUUUAUAAAGAAUAAGAUGCAUUGUCUGUUUCAUGCUAUAGCAAAUUUUCGUAGGAGGACAAAUCAUAUUGCUUCACUACAAAGUUCUUUAGCGGUAUGGUGUAAGGAAAGAGAUCAGUUAGAGGCUCUUAUAAAUAGUCAUUUUCAGCAUAUUACAACAUCAUCCAAUCCCCUAAGAGACUCUGGUAUGCUUGAUCUCAUUUCUCCAUGCAUUACUGCUUCAGAUAAUGAACAACUGUUAAAACUACCAGAUCUAGAAGAAAUAAAGGCUACUGUUGCUCAGCUUCCAUCUUGGAAAGCUCCGGGACCUGAUGGGUUCCAAACUGGAUUUUAUAAAUUUUGUUGGGACGUGGUUGAAUCAGAAGUAGUUGAUGUGGUACAACAGUUCUUUAGAAUUCAACAUUUUGAUCCUAAGUUAAAUUUUGCUUUUCAGACAUUGAUUCCUAAGGUGGAAUGUCCUUCCACUCCUUCGGAUUUUCGUCCUAUCAGCUUAUGCAAUUCUAUUUAUAAGAUAAUCUCUAAAAUUAUGGUUAAUCGUAUGAAGCCCAUCAUUGCUAAGAUCAUUUCUGUCCACCAUUUUGUUCCAGGUAGAUGUAUCCAAGAUAACAUAAUUAUUGCACAUGAACUACUGGACACUAUGAAAAAGAAAAAGGAUAGGACAGGAGAUGUGGCUGUUAAAAUAGAUAUGUCUAAGGCGUUUGACCGUAUGGAGUGGUCUUUUGUUAGAGAUAUUUUUCACCGAUUAGGUUUUGCUGAGAACUAG